AUGGUCCUCCUGGUGUCUGCGGCAGCCUGGGGGUCGAUGACAGCCUUCACCCCCAUCCUGUUCCCAGCCAGUCAUCUCGAUGACACAGGCCCGUUUCCUCGUGGGCCUGUUGCAAGGAUUGGAGGUGAGAAGGUCCUCCUGUUGUCUGCAGUAGCCUGGGGGUCGAUGACAGCCUUCACCCCCAUCCUAGCCCACUUCUGUUCCCAGCCUGUCCUCUCGAUGACACUGGCCCGUUUCCUCGUGGGCCUGUUGCAAGGAGUUCAUUACCCUUCUCUGGCAAGUCUGUGCUCCCAAAAGGUGGUGGAAAGUGAGAGAGGCUUCCUCAUGAGCACUGUGGGUAGUGGCUCCUACCUUGGCACUUUAGUGAUCGGAGGGGCUGGCUCCCUUAUGUUGGACCUGUAUGGCUGGGAGAGUGUUUUCUAUGUGUCUGGUCUCCUCUCAGUCCUGUGGGCCUACUGUAUGUGGAAAUAUCUACUCAAAGGAGAAGGCCCUAUCAUUACCCUUGAGUCCCUGGGAAGUGCCGGG